ACCACUACCUUCGUUUAUCGCCUGCUUUACUAAGCCUUAGUUCUUCUGACGACUGGCCGCAUUUCUCACCCACCAUGUCCUUUACACUUAUUGUCAUGAUGAUGCUCCUAGGCUCUUCAGGGGUAAAGACCUUUGUGUUGGAGCCUACAGCCUCCGCUGUCUCCCAUCCCAGGUGCCAGGAUCAGUCUUUGGAGACCAUUAGGAAGAGUCUCCUUGGGGCUCUCAACCUGCAGACUGAGCCAAGAAUCCCUGUUGGAAUGGUGGACCGCAUCCGAGUGCAAUGGCAGAUAAGCCUCAGCGCCAUGUCCCAAGACACUACCGCUCCGGCGCUCUCUGUGUCGCCUGACGGUGGAAACAGCGCAGACCCGAAGUGCUGCGCCACGACCUCAGAGAUCUCCAUGAAAGAUCUGGGCUGGGACAACUGGGUGAUUCAUCCCAUGAGCUUGACCACUGUUCAGUGUGCCCUCUGCAAUCCUGCAGACAGAACUGCAGAGUGUCCAUCAUCCCGCUCCACUGCCCAGGACGCUAACUCGCAGGGCCAGCUGCCGUGCUGUCAGCCCACCUCCCAGGAAAUGGUGCCCAUCGUCUUCAUGGAUGAAACCAGCACUAUUGUCAUUUCCUCUGUGCAGCUGACGCGCACCUGCGGCUGUGAACCUGGGAAUGAACCUGGGCAGCCUGCCAACGAAUAGGGUGAGGUUUGUCCUGCAGUCCUGCAAGUGGGACACAAGGAACCUGGCUUAUCCAAAGUAUAUACCUAUCUUCUUUGUUAUAAAGAACUGUACAGCUGAUUGUUUCUCUAUCUUCAACUCUUUGCCUGUGUGUUUGGCACUGGUCGUGGGAACUGAAGCAGUUUCAGUUUUGCAUUUCUGCUGCCCUGCUAUGAACGGAUUCGUUGAGCCUGCCGGUUAUGAAACAUCAGCGCUUGUUUGGCUGGACUUAAAUCAUCAAUAACUGACACACGUAGAUAAAUAAAGAACUGCUUUUUUUUUCUCUGUAGGUAAAUUUAAUAUCUCUGGCACCAGGGUCUUGAAAUUACUUACUGGAAAGCAGCUGUCAUGUAGGUUAAAAAAAAAUGGUAUUGGCCUCUCCUUAAAUAAAUCACAUGAGAGCAGGUCACUAUUUAUAGCUGCUAGCUGUUACUGAGUGUUCCCUCCAAAAAUGUGUGACUGCUCUGUGCCAGAUUCUCU